AUGGCCAUAAAGACAGCAUAUUUACUCCUUCUUGCCCAGGUCUGUCUGUCCACCUCGGCGGCUGUUCCGCACGUAUCUACUUCAAGCAAAGGACACACUCAUCAAAACGGCAACCUACCCAAUGUGACAAUCUUUGGAACCGGAGGCAAAAUCGCGAGCAAAGGUACGAGUAAUACUCAAACCACGAACUAUAAAGUCAGAGUCACCAUCGAGGCGCUCGUAGAAGCAGUGCCUGAAUUAUGCUAUAUAUCAAAUGUUUCGGGUCUACAAGUCUCAAACGUUGAUAGUGGAUCGAUCAACUCCACUAUCCUACUUGACCUCGCUCGAUACGUCAAUGCUGACAUGGAAAACCUAAUAUCCCACGGCUCUGUUGUGACACACGGAACCGACACACUCGAGGAAACGGCAUUCUUCCUAGACCUGACCGUGGAGACUCAUAAGCCGGUUGUUAUAACUGGUGCUAUGAGGCCUUCUACUGCAAUCACCGCUGACGGCCCCUUGAAUCUGUACCAAGCCGUGAAAUUCGCCGGCUCCGAUGAAGCUCGCGACCGGGGUGUUCUAGUUGUGUUGAACGAGAAAGUAAAUGGAAGUCAUUCUGUCCCUCGAUCGAUACUGACAUCAGUGAUUAGUCGGAUAGGAAGCGCAUAUACAACGACCAAGAACAACGCAAACUCUCUUGAUACAUUUUACGCAACUGAACAAGGCCAAGUCGACUUCUUCAUCGGCCAAGUCGACUUCUUCAUCGGCCAAGUCGACUUCUUCAUCGACCAAGUCCCUAAAUUCUACUCUUCCCCAUCGACCCUCGCAACAAGCCACACUUCAGCAUCGGGGAGGCAGACUUUCUGCCCCAAGUAG